AUGGAGGCCGAGGUCGGGGCAGAGCUCUGCUUUCCACAGCUCCUCAACUCCUCCUGCAGGAAGCCCACACCUCACUGGUCUGAAGCUGUGAUCCUGAACACUCUGCUGUCCUUCGUCUCUGUGCUCACUGUGACUCUCAACCUGCUCGUCAUCAUCGCAGUCUCUCACUUCAGGCAGCUCCACACUCCCACCAACAUCCUCCUCCUCUCUCUGGCUGUCUCUGACUUCCUCGUGGGCCUCCUGCUGCUGCCGUUGGAAAUCUUUAGACAAACAUCCUGCUGGGUUUUCGGAGACCUCAUGUGUUCUCUUUUCAUUGAUUUUUCUGUUGCUGUUACUAAUGUCUCUAUCGGAGGAAUGGUUCUGAUAUCAGUGGACCGUUAUGUUGCUAUCUGUGACCCUCUGCGUUACAGCAGCAGGAUCACAGAGAGAAGAGUUACAGUCUGUGUCUGUCUGUGCUGGUUCCUGUCUUUCCUUUACAGCAACCUCCUCUUAAUGGAUGAUCUUGUUGAACCAGGCAGGUAUCGUUUCUGCUACGGAGAGUGUGUGAUCGUCGUUACCUUCAUCGCUGGAGUUUUUGACCUUGUUGUGACGUUUGUUGCUCCCAUUACUGCCAUCAUAGUUCUGUAUAUGAGAGUGUUUGUUGUGGCUGUGUCUCAGGCUCGUGCCCUGCGCUCUCAGGUGGUCACAGCUGUAACACUCAAGUCUUCAAUGACUGUGAGAGCAAAGAAGUCAGAGCUGAAAGCAGCCAGGACUCUGGGUGUUCUUGUAGUCGUGUUUGUGAUUUGUUUCUGUCCGUAUUACAUCAUCAGCCUCGUUGAUGAAAAUGUGCUGAAUGCUUCAUACUUGUCUUUUUUGAUCUUUCUGUUCUAUUUUAACUCGUGCAUCAACCCUCUGAUUUACGCCUUGUUCUACCCCUGGUUCAGGAAAUCUCUUAAACUCAUUGUUACUCUUCGGAUCCUGCAGCCGGGCUCCUGUGAGACCAACAUCCUGUAGAGGGACUGUGGAGGUCUAAGCUGUACGAAGGACGUAGAAAUAUAAUGAAAUGAAAGCAAUGCUUUUUUCUUUUCCAGUCUGACUUUCAUGUGAAUAACCAGCCUCACAUUCAGGAUUUAAAGUGGUUUCAUCAUACCAGGGGUACAUGUGUCCUUUUUCUCUCAAACACAGCUUCACUGAAGAGACAAGCACUUCACUCUUUCUGUCUAGGGAUCCUUUAUGAGAUAAGAAAGCUGAAGAGAGGCAGGGAAUGACAUGCACUAACGGGGAAUGGUUGAUGAGGACUAAGGCCUCAAAAUAUGAGGCAGCCCUGCAAGCACCGGUUCACCUGUUUCAUGUCACUUUGAAUUCAGCAUGCAUGUCAGGAAUGGGGAGUCUUGUUUGUUGUUAUCAUGUGAGAACACGAUCAAAC